UCCCAUUGGUUCAUUGCCUGAUGGAACGCAGGACAAGACCAGCAUACCAAGCAGUGUUCCAGCGGUUGAAGCUCUUGUCCCCUUUCUUUGACCCUGAAUCUGUUAUGAGUGACUAUGAACUAGCUCUGAUGGGAGCUCUGAGGAUAGAAUUCCCAAACGCGGACUCUGAUGGAUGCCUUUUCCACUUUGUAGUUUCCUCUGUCAAGCAUGCAAAGUAUGAACUUGGGCUGGUUAUCAUGAUAAGGGAAAAUCCUGUCGUCAGAAGGAUUGUGCAGUUAUGCUGUGGAAUACCGCUAGCUCCUCCUCAGAUGAUGCGAGAUGCUCUGCGUGCAAUAGCUGCUGAAGCAAGGCUUACUUUAUUUUAUGAUGAUCUCAUUCCCUACUUUGAUUAUCUAUGGUACACAUGGCUCUCGGGCCCAAGGUAUGAAUCCUUGUCAGUAUGCGGCUCUGUACAUCGUACUAAUAACGCAUGUGAAAGUUUCAACCAUGUCUUGGGAUCCGAACUUGGAGAGCAUCACGUCAAUGUCUACAGAUUCCUUGAGUGCCUUUCAAACAUUGAGGAUACUGCUCAGACUGACAUCUUGACACUGUAUGAAGGCCGCAAUCCUGGCAGACCAAGAAAAACCUCGUCACUGGCUAACGAUGCAAGGAUCCAGCUCUGGACCCGGAACCUUCUUGAUGGCUAUAUAACAAUUCGUGAAUUUAUCCAUUGUGUGUCUCCCACCCUUCAUGGAUUGUUUGAAGAACAAGUUAGAGCUGGGCCCUAGAAAUUUGUAGCAGAUCUCAAUUUCAGAGUACGCCUGUCAAUUUUAAUGUUUCCAUGUUACAGGAAUUCUCUUGAGCUCUGUUGCGUGUCGUAUUUCCUUAUUUCUUAUUGACAUCCAGAUUUAUUGAUUAAUCACCCAGAAUAAGUGAUGUGAAUUGUUUCAUCAUACAUGUUUGUUUGUACAUGUUAAUUUACAUUUCCAAUUUCUAUAUUGUUUCAACGUUGUAUUCUUAGAUCAUCAUUGAAGUAUAACUUCACAGUAUUGUUCUUGGUCUCAUUAAAUAAAAAUGUUUAAGUCUCCUAGGAAAAUAUAUUUUAGUUUUUAAAAGAAAAUCCCCUCUUUCUGAGUCUUGGUUGAUGAAAGAUGCUCAGUUCUAUGCAACAGCAUUGAUGGCCAGUAAGAAUUGUUUUCCUUUCGCAUCUGAGUAUAUGCUAGGGGUCAUGUCUCA